GGCCACGUGGCGUAGUGCACCACCGAGUGGGCACGACAGGAGAUUUCACCGCUCGCGGCGCAGAAUCUGGACGCCUUCCCGUCGAGGUACGUGCCGUCACGCAACACCACCGCCUCCGCCCUCGGCUCCCCUCUACCCUCGGCUCCCUCGUUUCGGCACGCAACACCACCGCCUCCGCCACCGAAUGGAGUCUGAAAGCAGAGGGAAGAGGGGGGAGAUGGAAGGAGGGAAUUGGAAGAGGAGCGGAGGAGGCGAGAAGAAGGAUCUGCUCCAUGUGAUCCACAAGGUCCCGCCCGGCAACAGCCCUUACGUCCGCGCCAAGCAACUUCAGAAUCGUGACAGCUUGCUGCUGUUCAUGUGCACCCAUGGAGGAAGAAUCAGGAGGCCAAGAUCUGGAAGACAGGUCUUCCUGCAAGGUUCUGUCAAAAAGUUGGUGGAGAAGGAUCCGGAAGCUGCAAUUUUAUGGUUCUGGAAGGCGAUAAAUGGCAGGGAUAGGGUGGACAGUGCUCUCAAGGACAUGGCGGUGGUGAUGAAGCAGCAGGAUCGAGCCGAAGAAGCAGUCGAAGCCAUCAGAUCCUUCAGGCACCUCUGCUCCAAGCAAGCGCAGGAAUCCCUCGACAACCUCCUCAUCGAUCUCUACAAGAAAUGUGGGAUGGUAGAGGAGCAGAUCGAGCUGCUGAAGCAGAAGCUCCGCAUGAUACACAUGGGUGAGGCCUUCAACGGGAAGGCGACCAAAACAGCACGUUCUCACGGCAAGAAGUUCCAGAUCUCCAUUAAGCGAGAGACUGCUCGCAUCCUGGGAAAUCUAGGCUGGGCAUACAUGCAGCAGAACAACUACGCCGCCGCCGAGGUGGUCUACCGCAAGGCUCAGAUGAUCGAGCCUGACGCCAACAAGGCCUGCAACCUCGGGCUGUGCCUCAUGAAGCAAGGCAGACUCGACGAGGCUCGGCGAGCGCUCGAGGAUGUCACUCACGGCCGCUUCUCGGCCGCGGGUGACGGGACGAGUUCGAAGAACAAGGCAGAAGAGCUGCUGCGCGAGAUUGAGGUCCGGCCAGCGACAUCGACGUCGGAGGUUGGGCUCGGUAUAGAAGACGAGAUCAUGGAGAGAAUCGAGCUGGUGUUGAACGAGUGGGUGCCUUCGAGGUCAAAGAGGCUGCCCAUUUUUGAGGAGAUCUCCGCCUUCAGAGAUCGGAUAGCUUGCUGAGAAUUGUUGUGCUCUCUCUUCUUUAUUUGGUAUUUAUAAGAAGGCUAGCAAAUUGUAUAAUAAUAUAUAAAUUGAUGUUGGCAGUAACAAUAAAUCGGUUUGAAAUUGGAUAUGGGAAAAAGCAGUGUCAAACUAAAUGUAAAUUGGCAGAUAUAAUUUGUGGAUUUUACCUAA